UCUGCGGACAGUCGCUGGUGUCGAGUCGAGUCGGCAGUGUGUCAGUCAAAGAUGGCGGACGAAAAAGAAACGAACGGUGGCGGCAGUGGCCAUGGCAAUCACAAUCCAGAUUCGUCCGAAGGUCCGGGCACGGGCGAUUUGAACACUGUUUUUGGCAUGAAACAGCGUGGACGUAAAGGAGCCCUCAAGAAAAAGAAUAUUUACAUCGUCAAGGAUCACAAGUUCAUUCCGCGCUUCUUCAAGCAGCCGACAUUCUGCAGUCACUGCAAGGAUUUCAUCUGGGGAUUCGGCAAGCAAGGCUAUCAAUGUCACAUUUGCAGCUUCGUCGUUCACAAACGAUGCCACGAGUACGUCUCUUUUACCUGCCCAGGCGUCACGAAAGGCGUCGAAUGCGAAGAUUCCCGGACGACACAUAAAUUCAAGCCGUACACGUACAGCAGCCCAACAUUUUGCGACCACUGCGGCUCGCUGCUCUACGGUGUCAUCCAUCAGGGCAUGAAAUGUGAAGCGUGUGAUAUGAACGUGCACAAGCGGUGCACCGAGAGCGUGCCCCAUUUGUGCGGCUGCGACCACACGGAAAGACGCGGACGGAUCGAAAUCAAGAUCUCCUGCACGCGUGACAAGCUCAUCCUCGAAGUCCGCCAGGGUAAGAAUUUGAUGCCGAUGGAUCCCAACGGUCUGUCUGAUCCGUUCGUCAAAGCGCGACUCAUUCCCGACACGGACAAUGUCAAAAUGAAGACCAAGACCAUCAAAGCGUCUCUCAAUCCGGAGUGGAACGAAACGCUGACAUUUGAUUUGAAAGCCGAGGACAAGGAUCGACGCAUCUUAGUGGAAGUUUGGGAUUGGGAUCGGCUUUCGGGUAACGAUUUCAUGGGCUCGCUGUCGUUCGGCAUCUCGGAGAUCAUCAAAUCGCCGGUGGAGGGCUGGUUCAAAUUGCUCUCUGAAGAGGAGGGCGAGUUCUACAACGUGCCCGUCAGCGACGGCAUCGACACCGAAGUCUUCCGCAAACAGAUCCGCCAAAAAGCGUCCAUCAUCAGCGUGGCCAAACCCAAAGAGCCGUCGCGAUUCGAGACGGAAAUUCCGCACAACAUGAGCCGCAAGGACAUAAUCCGUGCCACUGAUUUCAAUUUCCUCAUGGUGCUGGGCAAAGGCAGUUUCGGCAAGGUGAUGCUGGCCGAGCGGAAAGGCACCGACGAGCUGUACGCCAUCAAAAUCCUCAAGAAGGAUAUCAUUAUCCAGGACGACGAUGUUGAAUGCACCCUGGUCGAGAAACAUGUGCUGGCCUUGGCCAGCAAGCCGCCCUUCCUCGUCCAGCUGCAUUCCUGCUUCCAAACGAUGGACCGUCUCUACUUUGUCAUGGAGUACGUCAACGGUGGCGACCUCAUGUUCCAGAUUCAGCAAUGCGGCAAGUUCAAGGAGCCCGUCGCCGUGUUCUACGCGGCCGAGAUUGCCGUCGGACUGUUUUUCCUGCACAGCCGGGGCAUUAUCUACCGUGAUUUGAAGUUGGAUAACAUUCUACUCGACCAGGACGGACACAUCAAAAUCGCUGAUUUCGGCAUGUGCAAGGAAGGCAUCGACGGCGAAAAAGUGACGAAAACAUUCUGCGGAACACCAGAUUACAUCGCCCCGGAGAUCAUCUUGUACCAGCCGUACGGUCGCAGUGUGGACUGGUGGGCCUACGGUGUCCUGCUCUACGAGAUGCUCGUCGGUCAGCCGCCGUUCGAUGGAGAGGAUGAAGAAGAACUUUUUGCCGCCAUCACGGAUCAAAAUGUUUCCUAUCCCAAAUCGCUUUCGAAGGAAGCCAAGGAAAUCUGCAAAGGAUUACUGACCAAACAGCCAGCGAAGCGGCUCGGCUGUACGCCCAAAGGCGAGGAAGAUGUCCGCACUCAUCCAUUCUUCCGGCGGAUCGAUUGGCUCAAGAUUGAGUCAAGGGAAGUGCAGCCACCCUUCAAGCCUAAAAUCAAACACCGCAAAGACGUGAGCAACUUUGACAAGCAAUUCACGUCCGAAAAGUUGGACCUGACGCCCACCGACAAGCUCUUCAUGAUGAACUUGGAUCAGAACGAAUUCUUGGGCUUCUCUUUCCUCAACCCCGAAUUCGUCCAACACGUCUGAAAUCAUCUCCGGCAACGUGGUUUUGUCCCAGAGAGAGGAAUAUUCAAAGAAAACAAAAACAAACAAAGUAAGACAUUGACUUUUACUUCGAUUGAAUGCGGCUUUAUACAAUCGAGUCUUUAUUGACGUUAUCUCUACACCAUCUUCCCGAUAUAUCCUUCCGCUGUUGUAUUAAACUUCUGUAAUUGACAGAUAUUUUUCCUCGAGUUGAAACAAAAAAGAAAUUUAAAAAAAGGAAAGAAAAAAAAGAACAUAAGAAAAUAAAAAACAAAAAAAUGAACUAGUUUAUUAUACAAGUUAGUCAAGUGAUAAAUUUUGCAUUUAAAUAAGCCGCUAUUUUCUGGUAGAUUUUCAGUCUCUUUUCCGCUAGAACCAGCAGGCCGGCCUACUGAAUACUUUAACGGGAUGGUUGAUUGCUCGUGGGAAUCGUUUGUUUAUUCAGCUUUUGUCAACGCUGACUGCGGGGCUCCCCUUUUUCUUUUUGUGAAUAUCUUCAAACGAUUUCGAAGGCUGAAAAGGUUUGACAUUAGCGUGAGGUUGUCACAAUAAAGAAACAAGAAAGUUCAGGCCAACUCCAAUUAUGGUGAAAGUUCGCAGGCCAUUAUUGAUUGGAGCUAGAUCCAUUUUUCUUAUAUCUACCGCAAUAACAAAGAACCAACUUCACACUUUCUGAUGAUGAAUCAGUGGCUGCUUUUUUUUUCGUAUAAUAUUCCUCCUACACGGAAAACUUUGCUCGAACUUAAGGAAUCUACAUACUACGUUAGAUUCAUUUUAAUUUGAAAUCGAUUCUUCAACAGCGGGUUGCAAGGAAUUAGAGAUAAUGGGGACAGUUUCUUAAUUCCCCUCAUUUUGUGAAAAAUCCCCAAGACCGAAGAUACCAAAUAUUUCCCAAAAAUAAAACCAAAAAAAAGUGCCUAUUAUUUCGGAAAAAGAAGGGGGGGGGAAGUUUUAUGUUUCAUAACCGCGCAAGGAACGAACGACACAUUUUAUGAAUAUGCUCGUCAUGAUUAAAGAAACUGGGUCAACCUUGACAGCAUUUCUGAUGAUCAUUAUCGAGUCACGUAUAGUCAAUUUCAUCCACACAGCACUCACAGAGGGAGUCAAAUUAGCGGCAACGAACUCAAAGAAGGGACAAUUCUGAUUGGAAGGAAAACUAGAGGCUUGUUUAAAUGCAAAACAAUGUAUCGCUCUUUAAAAUGAUUAUCCUAAUUUUCUCGAGUCCUAUCUAAUUCUCUGUUACUUGUCCGUUGUUUUUGUGCAAACACUUGAGUGCGAAUUUUAUUGGAACCGUUUUUUAAAAAAGCCGGGCGAUGGAAACAGCAAUCCAAAAAGGAAGAAAAACAGAAACAAAAUGAGAAAAAAGCAAUCCGAGAAAUGUUUAUUCUUUGCGUUGUUGCUGUAUACCACUCGCGCUUGUUAUACCUCUACUUAGAUUUUGUAUUAGACCAUGAUGAUAAUGGAUUGAUACGUUAACAAGACGAAGUUUUGCCUCGCUUCCUCCAGUUUUCUCUUUUUCAAAGGGACUUAUAUCGACGCAAGAUGCGUUUCUCUUUUCCUGCUGAUUUUUGUAUCAGAAGUCCUUUAACUCUUAAUCCUAUUUCUUGACAUUUCAUUUUUCGAUUGUUCAAUUUCAGUUUGAAUCAUCCCUUAUUCAAUCGAAAACAUGGUGGGUGUCUUUCUUUUCUCAAUCGAUUCUAUAGGAGUGCUUAUCAAUUCUUUGGUCCUCUCUAUAAUUACUGCGUGAAUGACGUGUUCUUAUAUAGCAUUUGUAGUUUGCCUGUACGUUGUUUGUUUUUCUUCCUCAUCCCCUUCCAAACUAAUUGAUGAUCACAUCCGGUGUUGUUGCUCUCAUCCCGGUUCUGUCAAUCAAUGUGUCAGCUAUUUCAUUCUCACUCCAAAGGUUGUUCUUUUUAUUCUUCUUCCAAAUUCAUUUUACAUUACUCGAUAUCUCUCCGUGUCUGUUAGAUAAAGAGAACGUCUCCUUCCAGACUAUACAACCAUUAUAACUUCUACCGGCCCUGUUCUUCCAAAUUUUAUGUCAAUAAGAAUUGAUUUCCUAUUACGUUUUCGUCCCUGUAAUGUCACGCAAAAAGUUUGUCUCGCUUUUAUUUGUUCGCCACUCACCAAAGCCAUGAGAAAAUCGUUUCCAUUCUGUAUCUUGCAAGAGGAAAUACGCAGACACUUGCGGAAGAAAGAACAACAAAAAAGGGGGGGUCCCGACAUUGGUCAAAUGCCGGAAGAAAGACAAUAGCUUCUUUUCUGCAUUUGUUUUUUUCCUUUAUCUUUUAUUUCCUUCGUGUUUGAAACAUCAGUCGACAUAUAGGACUUAUUAUAGGAUGCAAUCUCCCAACCCGCAUUACUCACAUGACAUUCCAUUCGUUGAUGUUUGUUUCUGAUUUAGGCACCGAUGAUUUGUUUUCUUUCAUUUCUCUUAUCGAGCACCAUGUCGCCAAAAAAGCCACUCGUAGCCAAAGAAAAAAGUAAAAAAAAAAUAUAUAUAUAUACGAUAAUAAUUUAAAAAACAAAACAAAACAAGGGAUAUACAAACAACAUAUCCGGUUAGGUUAUGUGUUUAUUAUAUACGUAGGCCGAAAAGUGUCUCUUUUUGGGGGGGUUUUCUUUUGUUUUUCAUUUAAAAUCAGGUCUGAGCUCCUGUAAUCUACUUGUGCGCUAUCAUAAACCACCGUGUGUUUGAUUUGUUUCGUGUCAUUUCGUCUUAUUCGAAAUUUUUUUUUGUUCGUUUCUCCGUAUUCAAAGUUAAUUUUUCAUUUUGGUACUUUUCCUAUAUACUCUGCCAAAUUGUUUUCAAACAUUUGCCCCAUGCCCUUCUUCUUCCUAUAAAUACAUUUAUAGAAGCCAGUCAA